UUCCUCGGGAAGCUGACAGGAAGAGGCGGAGCCCACGCCGCCCCGCGCCACCCGGAGGGAGCGGCGGCCGCUGGCAGUGGGGGCGAAAGCGGCGGCCGCUUCGUCCCGGCCACGGCUCAUCUGGCUCGGGAACUGCACGGAGCUUCGGAGACCCUCGGCCUGGUGGGACAACGCCAUGGGUCCCGCCGACGCCCCGUCCGCCCUAGCGCUCAGGGCAGUGGGCCCUGCGGCCGCCACCCCGUAUGGUGUCUUCUGCAAGGGGCUGUCCCGCACCCUGCUCGCCUUCUUCGAGCUGGCCUGGCAGCUGCGCAUGAACUUCCCGUACUUCUACAUCGCGGGCUCCGUGAUCCUCAACAUCCGCCUGCAGGUACACAUUUAGAGCCUUGUCUGCGUUGCCCCGCCACCCGGGACCGCAAGAUGGCCGCUUCCCAGGUCGCCCCGCGGCACCUUCAAGAAGCGCGAGAAGAACGUGCAAUCUUGCGAGAGCUGGCUUGCGCACAGGCAGUCGGCUCCCAACCUCUCCUAUCAGGGAUUUGGAGGUGGGAAAGCUAGCUGGGUUAAGCAAGGAUGUUGUUCCAGCAUCAGAGGAGCUAUCCAAGGAAGUAUCCAAGGAACCACUCAUCUGUAAAUUCCUGGCAAGUCUUAGGAUAUGACAAAGGGCACAAGAUGCAUUAUGAGAAAGGAAGGCUGAGAUUUUCAAGAACACAGAUUUACACCAAACUUACGUUCUGAAUUAAUCUUUGAGAAUACUGGACUGUAAGCUAGACAUUGAAUAAGAAGCCUGUUAUGUCAAGAAUGUGACUUAAAAAGCAUUGCAUCUCUCUUCCUCCCACAAGAGGAUAUAUUGAAUCUGGGUCAAAGUCAGACUACAGGAAAAUAUACUCCCCAAAUAUGCCAGCAAGAUUUUGAAAAAAAAUAGUGGGACUAUGUGAAGAUGUUCCUUUCAAAGAGACGUUGGUUCCAAAGGAAAGAAAGUCCAAUUGCCUCACAGGAAUUGACUAUUCCCUGGUAGUAAUGCAAAUAGACCAGAUGUGGCUUUCUACUUUAAAGAGAAUGAGAAUGCUUAAUUUUAGUUACAGAGUAAAAUGCAGAUGUUACAAACUUUUUUUUUUUUUUUUUUUGAGGAAAUACAUUUGACAAGUGGAGGGACAAGAAACUAAAUGGAAUGGUGAUGCCCUUUGUGGAGUGAGAGCGUAAAACGUGUAAUUUGUGAACAGAAAGGAGAUUUCGUUGAUUAUGGACAGCCAUGUUUCUAACUGCUAAAUGGAGGUGGAAACCACAUGACCUAAAUAGUAAAUGUCCAAAGAUGGAAUUUUCUCAGUGACUGAAAAGGAGCUAAUAUCUGGUGUGUGUGUGAAUGUAUGCUGGAGUUUUUAUCCAAGCCUGGAGUGAAUUAGUAAUUGUAUUUUGUUUUGAAAUUAAAACAAGUAAUUAGAAACCCCAAGAAAAAUAAAAUAAUAAAAAAUUAUUCUGUCAUACCUCAUGUGAAUAGUACUGUACCUGUAAUAUAAGUUCUUACUUAACAAGAAAUAGUUAUGUAACAUUGGAAGGCUGGAAGUUGAAAAAGAUAUAUGUAUAAAGAUGCAAAGUACAUCAAGAUCUAUUCCUGAGGACAGGAAAUUUGGUUAAGUUGUAGAUUUAUCAUAUAGACUUAUCUUGUGGACCUAUCAUUCAUGAGACUCUUAAGUUUGAUACCCAGCACUACAAAAAUAAUAAUAAUAAAAUAAACAAAGGUCCAAUAUAUAAAAAGCAACAUAAUCUAUGAUUAGGAAACUUAAUGCAGAAACAUCUAAAAGCUAAAAGUGGUUAUUUCUAGAGAAAAUAAAUGGGGAUAGGUACAGGAAAAGCGAGGCUUCGUUUGUUUUUGUUACUAAUCUAACGUGAUUUCUUCUAAAUCAUAUAUAUGAUUUUCUUCCAUUAAAAUCUAAUUAAAAUAUUUUGUUUUUAAAAGCUCCCCAGGUAAUUAUGUCUACCACCAAUCAAAUGACCAAAAGUCUUGUUGGAUUAAAAUCUAAAUCAAACACUCAGCUGUUAUUGCUUGAUAAUAUUAAUAUAUAUUAAUAUGGAAGUAUUCUGCCUAUUGUAGCUUAGAAAUGAUUUUCAUCUCUACUUGUGAUUUUUCUUACGUAUAAAUGUAAUUGUAUCCUUUCUAAACUCAUGUAGAUGAAUAUAUAUUGUUACAGGCUUGGCAUGGAAUUGUCUCUGUUAUUUGUUCCUGUGAGCACAUAUUAAGACAGUGCAUGCUGUUUUAAAAUUCCCUUUGCUGGCUUUCUUUGAAAAUUGCUAGUUUCCAAGCUCUUCUCAGAAAAAUUUCCUGAUAUUCAAAGAUAACUGAAGGAUCCAGUGAGAGCCAGACAUAGUAGCACACGGAAGUUUUUCCAGUACUCUGGAAGUUGAAUUGGAACUGCCAUAUGUUCAAGGACAGCCUGAGCCACAUGAUAAAAACACUGCCCCAAAGAAACAAAAGCAAAAGAAUCCAUUGGUUAAGAAUAAAAAUUUUAGAAGGAAAUAA